AUGAUCAAUCAGAAAAAACAAUAAAACUUUUAAGCCUUGGGUACUCAAAUCCUCACACCCCUUGUACCUAAAAUAAGUGCAUCUAAACCUGAGGUAUGUGAGUAGAGAAAGUUUGUUCCUAUUAAAAAAUAAUAAAAUAAUUUCAGCUCAUAAUUAUAAUCACAACAGUCUAAAUCAUUGGUAACGAUUGAAAAAGUAAAAAUAAUAGAAGAAAAGAAAACAAUCUGUUAAAAGCCUAAGCAAGCAAAAUAAUAAAAAAUAAAAAAACCUUUGCCUUAAAUAAAACCAAAAGUAGAAGAAUCAAUAUAAAUAAAUUAAGAAGCAACAAAAGUAGAAGUUGAUAAACCUCUCACUUACGUGAUUAUUAGAACAGUAAAAAUAAAGGAAAUAAAAGGAGAAAUAAUAGUGAAUUAUAAGGAUAAGGCUGAGUGUCUUUAAAUUAGAAAUAGACUCCUGAAUUUUGAUGAUCUUAAAUAGAAAUUUCCAUAUAUUGAAAAUUUAAAUGAGAAGACGCUGAUUGAAGUAGAUAACGAUAUUGUUAUGAAAAAGAAUUAGAUGGGUUGGGUAGAUUGCAGAGAUUGUGAGGAAUACCGACUUUAAUGA